AUGUCUUCUCACGUUCUCGGCAACAAGGACGUCAACGCCUCCAUGGAGCAGCAGCAGCAGCAGACGGCCCAGUCCAAGGAUGUCAAGAGCAUGGACUACCAUCGCCAAGUCUUUCAGAGCAAAAUGGCCCAGGAACCGUACGUCACGCGCAAGCCCGCCUCUGCGCCCUCGAGCAGACUAACCACCCCGGCCGCUACCGUCGCUGCCUCUCGUCCCGUUGUCCUCUUUCGUCCCGCGGCCGUCCUCGCCAAAAACACUGCCACUUCUUCAGAUGCCUCUUCUUGUUCUGCUUCUUUCUCUUCUUCUUCUUCUUGUUCUGCUACUACUACUUCUUCUUCUUCUACUUCUUCUCUUUCUCCCGUCCCCUCGUUGAUUUCCGACUCGUCUUCCUGCGCUCCCUCCCCUACGCCGUCGAUUACCGCCUUGCCUCGGCUGCCCACUAACAAGAACCUGGUGGCUAGUACUCAGCAAUACGUCUCGCCCUCGGACAACAUCAUGAGCCCCUGCUCGGCCAAGAUUAACGCGCUACGCAACAAGCACGUCAGCAAAGCCAAGCCCAAAUCGCUCUUUGCCCAAGCUAGCGCUAAGAAGCUCAGCGGCGAGAACCUCUUCGGCAGCAAGUCCAUCCCCAAGGACUAA